GAAAAAUAAAAACACAGAACAGACAGGACGUCGGGUUCGAAGAAUACCUGGUUGUCUAUGUCAAAUUCCUGCUAGAAAGAAAACUUUGGGAUUAAAAUUUUCUUUGGAUAAAAAAGUAACAGCAGCUGAGUUUUAGAUUUAAUUGCUGACAUGGAUAUUUCAGUUCCAUCGAGAUUUGCCUGUCUUAAAAUCGAAGAAGAUGAUUUCAGACCAAGCUCUAACAAUAAAAUUAAGAAAAAGUCCGACAGUAAACAACCCAAAAAGGCAUCCAACGGUAAUCAACCCUCUAAGAAAUUGGAGAAACUCGGUCACAGGGUGCCGUCGCAAACAGCAAAAAAGAGUAAAUCAAAAAAACCUGAGAAUGGAAAGCAGUGGGAGGAAUGGAAGAGAAGGGAUGACGAAUUAGUCAAUGAUAAUUUUGAGCAGCAGCUUCACUCUGCAAUAUUGCAGUCUAAAUUAGAUUUUGAAAGAGAGAAAAAGAACAUAGGAAAGAAUGACAUGGAAAGUCAAGUCAAAAAGAACAACAAAAAGGGAAAAACAAUGUCUCUGGAUCAGUUUCUGGAUCCCGGAGUUGAAAGCCAGCAAAGAGAGAAAAUGGAGAAAAUCAAGGUACAAGAAAAUGAUCGAGAUUUUUUCAAGGAAGUGGUGGAAACAGCCAGGCUAGAGAUUACAAAAGAGAAGGUUGAGGAAGGUAGGAAAAAACGUCAAGAACACUUCGAGGAAGUUAUUAGCUUGGCACAAUGCCAGGAAAAGCUUGAAAAGGAAAGGGAAAGAAGUUCAAUUCUCGGUAAGGAAUUAGAGGAGGCGAGAAAAGAAAUUGCUUUGGUUAAAAAGCGAAACACUACUUUAUGUAGUAUGCUAAGUCAGGGUGAAAUGAAAGACAAGGCGGCGGUACUGUUGGAGCUGGAGAAACUCACUGCAGUUAAAGAAGAAUUGACAGAGGAAGUGAGCCGACUUCACAAAUUGCUUGAACAAGAAAGAUCUAACAAAAUUACUGCUUCAGUUUCUGAAAAGAGUGAAAAAUCUGAUUACGCAAAGCACAAUAAAGACAAGACCAAGAAGAAGAAAAAUUAACACUGAUUUCUCUUGAGGUUCAUUCUCCAAAAGACUGUUUCAUUCCUUUUUUGCAUUAUUUUUUACACAGUUGUUUACAAUUUUAAAUUUUUUUCAUGCAUGAUUUUGCUAAGGUGUUUUUAAGUUGCAACUCAUUAUUUUAGGGACCCAUUUUUCCAUUGUGUUUCAGAAUAAGAAGUAAACGUCCCUUGUAAGGAACUGUUAUUAUUAGGCGCGCGCAUACAGUUAUUUUAUAUGUUUUUAUUUUCAUAUAUACUUAGGUUAGUUUUUCGCGGCCAACGUAACAUGCGAAUACUGUGGUUUGUGAAACGGGAAGAUCUGUUGUGUUUUUUGUUUAGUUAAUAAAAUUAUUUAUUACGGACUGUUUUGUGUAUAAAUAAAGGAGUC